GCAAAGAGCGGGCGCUGUGGCAACCCCGGCACGCGCGCGCUGACGGCCGGCCGGCGCUGAGGGGCGGGAGCCGGGGGCUCGUGUUCAGUGAGAAUUAAACCAGAUUAAGACAAUUCAGCAGAUGAACACACAUUAGUGCUGAUGAUGCACGAUUCCAGCCUCUUUCACAGCUUCCUGACAGUGUAUGUUUGCUAAAAGAGCUCCCUGGGGACACAGAGCACUGUUUAAAGUCAGUAGGUGUCUUUAUGGUACAUCAUCUGCCCAGUCAGUAAGUACAGCCAUUUGGAACUAUUUUUAGGGAUAGGGAGAAUCUUUCUCAGGAAGAUUUGGGAUGGCACAACCUCGUAUCUCAGCCUACCUCCCUCCUGAUAUAGACCCCACCAAAGCUGCUCUGGCCUUUGGGAGGAGGGCCCUUCCUAAACUGAAUGAGGAGUUGCAGUCUCCCGAGCUGCUGACGCAGCAGCGGGCGCUGAUGGCUCUCUGCGAUCUGGUCCACGAUCCAGAAAAAGUCUACCAGGCAAUAGCAUUAGGAUUCUUGGAUAGCCUGAAGACUUUGCUGGUGCAUCAAGACCAAACUGUCCGGCAAAAAACAACAGAAGUUCUCUCUAUAAUGGCUUUGCAUAGUAUUGGCAGGGAAGGGCUAAUACGAAGUGGAGUCAUUUCUGCCCUCAGUGGGCUCCUGGAUGAUCCAGUAGAUAUCUGUCGGAAGAACACCCAUCAGAUUUUUGACAUGCUGGCAAAAUUACCUGAAGGGGCUGGUGGUGUCCUGCAGGCUGGUUUGAUUCCCCCACUGGUCCUGAAGUUGAAGACAGAGUUGGAAGAGAUCCAGGAGCUAAUCCUUGGAACACUCUCCAACUGUCUCCGUGUGGAGGUUUCUGAAGCCCUGGCAGCUGGUGCCGUUGCUGUGCUGAAAGAAAAGCUCUCACACCCCUCCACAGCCAUCAGGAGCAAAGCAGCCUGGGUCCUCUUAGAAAUCAGUUCUCAUGCUGAGGGGAAAAUCGCGGUGUGCAAAGAAGAGGUGAUUCCUGUGCUGGUGAGCCUGCUGGAAGACACACAGCCCGAAGUUCGAGUGAACUCAACGGGAGCGCUGAUGUUUGCUCUUGUUACACCUCAGGGGAGAUCCUCAGCCAUGGGUGCUGAAGCCAUUCCACCUUUACUGACGUUGGUUGCUGAGGAAACCAGCAAAGCGCGUUUGAAUGCAAUCAAAACCCUCACCCUGCUGGCUGAGCUGCCAGAGGGCCGCCAGACGCUGCUGGAUCACAGGGACACAUUUCAGAGGUGUCUGGAUGAUCCCAGCGAGGCCGUGCAAAGAGCUGCCGAAAUCGCCAUCACCGUGAUCGACUGGAAACCCUCCUGCAGCCGCGAUCUUUUCUAGAGAUCUAUUGCCCUCUGUUGUUGUCUGGCUGUAAAAGGUACAUGAUUACAUGAGACCUUCAACACCAGAGCUCCCUUCCUUACUUUG